CAGGAAGUCAGGACAGAGGCGAGAAAGAAGGCAAUGGAAUUAGUUAGGUGUCCCAAGCACGGGAACUGCUGCUUUCUGAAGACCGGCGUCCACGAGGGCCCGAAUAAAGGAAAAAGCUUCUACGUGUGCCGGGCGGAGGCUUGCAACUUCGUGCGGGCCACUGACAUUCCCAUUUCUCAUUGUUUAUUGCAUGAGGGCUUUGUGGUGGAGCUUCAGGGCUUACUUGCCCCAAAGGACACGAAAGACUAUAGACUGUUCUUCCGGUGCGUUAGAAGUAAGACGGAGAGGAAACAAUGGUGUGGAUGUAUCCCUUGGCAGGAUCCUAAUUCCAAAGAGCAUUCUGUAACCAGUAAUUCCCAGCGUGCACCUGAGCCAUUUCAUUACCCUUCCGUCCAGCAGAGAAACCCGUUCAAGGUACUUGACAAGAAUCAAGAACCAUCUCUCUGGAAACAGUUGGUCAAAGGUGAAGAGAAGGAAAAGAUGGCUGAUAAGAAUCAAAGGGAAAAGGGAGACCGGCUCCUGGAUCAAAAGAAGGAACAGAGGCCUGACUCUAACUACCGGCUGGAGAAAGAUCUCUCCCCUGGCCUGGCGGUAGAAAAACCUGCAGGUCAAGAGCAGCCACAAGGGAAAACAACAGAGCUUUGGUGCGAAGUCAAGGAGAUUGAAGGGAGGCACAAAAGGAACCUUUCUGAAAUUAAAUCCAAACAGUGCCAUGGGAAUGAGCUGAGAAAACCCUCUGCUUCUGCUCAGGAGAAAUCAAAGGGAGAGAAUCACUAUGUCCAAAAAGAAUCAGCACCUCUGAGAGAAAAGGAAACCAAGCCUUUACCUCAAAUUGUUCGCAGCCAGAACCCACGGAACAAGCCCCUGGAAGGAGAACACCUCGGCAGGGAGCAGCCCAAGAGCUGGGAGGCUAGAGAAACAAAGGCAAAGGACGAGCGGAGCGCGCAGGCCUCCCGGAAGACGCUGCUCCAGGGCCAUUUCCAGGCUCAGUCGCAGGCCCGCCACGUACCUGCUCCUAAAGGACCAGCCGCCCAGUCCACGCGACCGGCUGCAGGGCCCUCCCUGGGGCAGCGGCAAGAAGCGGACACAGACAGUGGUGACAGUGAGGAAGAUGACGUGGUUUUUGUUUCCUGUCAGCCAGGGAGCUCCUCACUCUCAGACCCGACUCCGGACCCACGGAAGAAGGAGAACCUUCAGCCCCCUGGUCAAACCGGGCAAAGAAAAAUGUCUCCGGUCCCAGGGGUUUCCAGGAAGGCGGAGCCUUUAGACCCAGCAGCCCAACGUGUGCACCUCAUGACCCAACUGAAGCAAAAGAAGAGCACACUGGCAUCGGCGAACAUCCAGGUUCUUCCAGACAAAGGUCAGAAGCUGCUCAUUCAGAUCCAGGAGCUGGAGGCCGCACUCAGCGCGCUCACCCUCUCCCCGGAGCAAGGCACUGAUGAGAAGAGUAACACUCAAGUACCACCGCAGAGUAACUUCACCAAAACGACCUCUGACCCGCCCCACUUGGUGCCAGCCAAACCCCUGCAGGGUCAGGAUCUGCAGCCUCUGGGUUCCCUAGGACUGACGGCUGCCUGGCAGGCAGCCGCUGGGCAGUCCAGUAAGGGCUGUGGAGGUCCCGUGAACCAAGAUCGCCUUCACUCGGUGUGGAAAGUCACAGGUGAAGCCAUCGAUGAGCUGCAUCGAUCGCUCGAGUCGUGUCCCGGGGAGACGGCCGUGGCAGAGGACCCAGCUGGGUUGAAGGUCCCUUUGCUGCUGCACCAGAAGCAGGCGUUAGCCUGGUUACUAUGGCGAGAAAGUCAGAAGCCACAUGGAGGAAUUCUGGCGGAUGACAUGGGAUUAGGAAAGACCCUGACAAUGAUUGCGCUCAUCCUGACCCAGAAGAGCCGAGAGGAAAACAAAGAAAAGGACAAAAACGUGGCCUUGACUUGGCCUUCCAAAGAUGAUUCCACUGAGUUUGUUUCCCGUGGAACACUUAUCAUCUGUCCUGCUUCCCUGAUCCAUCACUGGGAAAAGGAGGUGGAGAAACGUGUGAGCAACAACAAACUAAGCGUCUAUCUGUAUCACGGGCCAAAUCGGAAUCAACGUGCCAAAGUCCUCUCCAAAUACGACAUUGUCAUCACCACCUAUAGCCUUCUGGCCAAGGAGAUCCCCACCAAGAAGCAAGAGGGAGACGUCCCGGGCACAAGGCUCAGUGUGGAGGGCGUCUCAACACCUUUGCUUCGAGUCGUCUGGGCGCGGAUCGUCCUGGAUGAAGCACACAAUGUGAAGAACCCCCGGGUGCAGACCUCCAUAGCCGUGUGCAAGCUACAGGCCCGUGCCCGGUGGGCCGUCACUGGGACCCCCAUUCAGAACAACCUGUUGGACAUGUACUCCCUGCUGAAGUUUCUCCGUUGUUCUCCAUUUGAUGAUUUCAAUCUGUGGAAGAGCCAGGUUGACAACGGUUCAAAGAAAGGAGGUGAACGGUUAAGCAUUUUAACCAGGAGCCUUUUGCUACGGAGAACAAAAGACCAGCUGGACUCAGCCGGCAAGCCCUUGGUGAUGCUGCCCCAGCGCGUAUUCCAGUUGCACCAUUUAAAGCUUUCUGAAGAUGAAGAGACUGUUUACAGUGUCCUUUUUACAAGGUCAAGGUCAGCUCUGCAUUCCUAUCUAAAAAGACAGAAAAGUGGGGACAGCCAAUCUGGACGAAGCCCUGACAACCCAUUCAGUAGAGUGGCGCAGGAGUUUGGGCCCAGUGCGGCUGGACGCUCUGUGGCCACCGACUUGCAGCAGGCCAGCACUGUCCACAUCCUGUCCCAGCUGCUGAGACUCCGCCAGUGCUGCUGUCACCUGUCUUUGCUGAAGUCGGCCCUGGACCCGACAGAAUUGAAGGGCGAAGGCCUGCUCCUUUCCCUGGAGGAGCAGCUUGGUGCUUUGACCUUGUCCGAAGUCCAGAGCUCAGAGUUGUCUUCCACUGUCUCCCUCAAUGGCGAGUGCUUCAGCGCGGAGCUUUUUGAAAAUACGAGAGAGAGCACCAAGAUUUCAUCCCUGUUGGCAGAAUUGGAGGUGAUCCGAAGAGAUUCAGGGUCCCAAAAGAGUGUCAUUGUGUCUCAGUGGACCAGCAUGCUGAAGGUCGUGGCAUUGCACCUGAAGAGGCACAGACUGACUUACGCCACCAUCGACGGCUCUGUCAGCCCCAAACAGAGAAUGGACUUGGUAGAGGCGUUUAACAACUCCAGGGGCCCUCAGGUUAUGCUAAUCUCUCUUUUGGCCGGAGGUGUCGGUCUGAAUCUGACUGGAGGAAACCACCUUUUUCUUCUGGAUAUGCACUGGAAUCCCUCACUUGAAGAUCAAGCUUGUGACCGGAUUUACCGAGUCGGGCAGAAGAAGGAUGUUGUCAUUCACAAAUUUGUGUGUGAGGGAACAGUAGAAGAAAAGAUCUUGCAGCUCCAAGAAACAAAGAAAAAUUUGGCCAAACAGGUUCUAUCGGGAUCUGGAGAAUCCAUCACCACGCUCACCUUAGCUGACCUCAAAGUCCUCUUUGGCAUCUAAAUUUUCGUUUACAGAGCUCAGAGCGGUGCCACUGUCGGUGGGUAGUGGACGUGGUCCUCUGAGCUCUCCAUGGUGUCCCGUUUCACCAUCAGGCCUUACGCCCUCCUCACAGGAAGCUGUGUUCUUAUUUCCAGAAUUGAGGAUUGGUUAUGUUAACCAGCUGCUCCAUUGGUCAUGUUAUUCAACUUGAUUUAGUGAGUGGCAUACACACCAAUAAAUGACUUCGGUUCAAAAAAUUGUUUUAGUAUCAGAUAAUUG